GCCAGCUCCGUGGGGGGAAAAAACUCGAGAGGAGACGAAUAACGGUACACACUCCAAUAUUUAUGGAGCCGAUGUCCGCAUAUAAGUGCACCGCAUCCACUCUCCCGGUGCAUGCGUGAAUACAUGCGUUUGGAGACGGAAGCGGGGAACGGCGUUUCGGGGAGACGAAAACAAGCGGUCCACCAUUGUCUGCGUAGAAAUAAGAAUGGCCUGGAUGUGGAAGAAGAAGUCGUUGAUCGCCACCAGUCUGAUCGUGGUGGUGUCGCUCUUCGUGGUGGUGGUGAACUACUCGGAGAAGCCGUACUUCCUGCUGAAGCCGGUGUUGGAUCAGACGUUCAGCAGCCACUGGAUGUUCUCCAAGCAGCCGUACAAGGCCUUCAAACCUCACCUGGGCUACGUUAGCAUCCCCAAACAGGAACCUCUGAAGCUGCAAUGUGAGCUCUGCAGCAUCGUGUCCAGCUCCGGCCAGAUGUUGGGCCAGGCUGCCGGGGCGCAGAUCGAUCGCUCUCCGUGCAUCUGGCGGAUGAACAACGCGCCCACGCGGGGUUUCGAAGUUGACGUCGGCCAGCGCACCACACUGAGAGUAGUCUCGCACACCAGCGUCCCCCUGCUGCUGCAGAAGCCUCAGUACUUCUUCGGACAGGCCAACGACACCGUCUAUGUGGUGUGGGGGCCGCUGAGAAACAUGAGGAAGGACGGGAAGGGCAUCGUGUACAACAUGCUGCGACAGGCGGCCGAGAACUACCCGCAUGCACGCAUCUACGUCACCACAGAGGAGAGGAUGAACUACUGCGACAUGGUCUUCAAGAAGGAGACGGGAAAAGAUCGGAUCCAGUCCGGCUCCUACCUCAGCACCGGCUGGUUCACGCUCAUCCUCGCCAUGGACAUGUGCAAAGAGAUCCAUAUCUACGGCAUGAUAAAUGACACCUACUGCAAGACGGAGGGCUACAGAAAGGUUCCCUAUCACUACUACGAGGCAGGCAGCCGGGACGAGUGCGCAGAGUAUCAGCUCCACGAGAGCGCCCCGUACGGCGGCCAUCGCUUCAUCACGGAGAAAUCUGUGAUUGGCAAGUGGGCCAAAACUCACUCCAUCAAGUUCUUUAACCCCCCAUGGACGCUGUCGUGACCCUGGCUGAACCGACAAGGACAUAUUACACCGUCAUCGCCAUUAUCAUCAUCUCUGUCGUCUGGGGACAAGCUGGAUCGCUACACUGACAGAAAGCCUGUUCCCUAAUGUGCACAACCGUCACACUUUGGCACAUAUUCCACUUCAUAUCCAUUAGAGAAGGUUGUCCGAUGGCUGCCUGUCAAGUGCUGAAUGGAGAACAUCCAGGAAGCGCGUUUUCUGACAGAAAGCCUUCCUGUUCAAUUGAUAAACAUGGCCAGCAAAAACAUAUCUCCUGCUUCUUGAAUUUGAAAGCUGCCGAGUUGUUCUGUUCACUGACCAGCCGAUCCUCUCUGCUCUGUGAGUUCAGCAAAAGGACGGCCUCGAAGAAUCUCUUUGAAAAGAAAAAACAACGGAGGGAAACAACAGGAAGUCCCAACUGUCCGUCAACUCUCAGUGACCUCACGGAUCACAUGUUUGCAGGCGCUCUAUAUGGCAGAGGCUGAAUGAAAACCUGUUGCCAUGGAUGCCUGUUGAUCUCGCCUACUCUGUUUCCUCCUGUCAGGCUGUAUUUCCUCCAUAGCACGCAUCAUUCAGGCCUUCGUCUCUGACUGAUAAUUGAGGGCAUUUUUCGCCUACAACAGCUUCAACAAACAAGGUCAUUUGAAAAAGAAAACCGCAAAAAACUCAACGGUAAACAAGAGUCAUGGCUGUAAAUCCGCUGCUCACCGUCAUGCUUUGCUGUCUGUAAACUCACACAACGGAAAGAUGUCAGCUGUUUUUUCUCUCUCUUAACUCUGUGAAACUUUUAAGAGACACGUUCCGGCUCGAUCUGGAUCGGUUGCUAACGUCUUCAUCUCUUCAGCAACUCUCUGUAACAGUGCACCAUUGACAACGUGAGCACAUAGAGCAAUGUGCAAUCACAAACUCACCGAGGGAGUUGGAUCAUUUGUGACCCCCGCAGAGGGAGAGAUUUAUGUGUGCAGUGAAACCAUUGGAAGUUAAUUGUAUGCCAUUAUCAUUUUGUGCCUGCGAUACACUCAUUGUACAGAGACGGAGGAGGAGGCCGCUCCUCUCUCCAUCGCUCAUACUCUCAUCUCAGCUUUGUGCCUCUUUGUGUACACGAUCACUGUGUGAACACAUCUGCCCGUUUGUCUUUGAACGCAGCGGGCAUGUCUCCUGGUUCAGGUCGUAACAUUUGAAUGCAUCAGUUUCCAGCGCAGUGAGGAAUAAUCAGUGAGGUGUGUAGGUCAGCUGGUAUCAGUGGAGAGACUCUCUGGCUGUGACCAUGACUCCCUUGGGGAUUUACAGGUCAACAUGUAGGUUGAAACUGGAAGGUUUGUGGAUUUCUUGGCAGACGCGCAGCUACAGCUGAGGACUCAGGUCACGUCUGCUUGGAGUUUCUUUAAUUUAGAGUGGGGAGGAUUUUAAAAAAGCCAGAUCCAAUAUUAAUAUGUUGGAUUUUCACUGGCCAUGAAAUACAGUUGUAAGUAUUCAUCCCCACAAUAGCAGUUUGAAGAAGGCUUUGCAAUAUCAUUUCUUGCAUCUGACAUUUUGACUAGUCCAAAUUUCGCGAUUCUUAUUUAGGAACUUUAUAUAGGAUGGAGUCAGAUUUCUCAUUUUGGAAAACCCCAACUCAAAUCCAAGAUUUGGGCGUAAACAGAAAUGAAAGCUAUAGUCGUACUGUCUUUAGCACUUCUGUCUAAUUGUGUCACAUAACAUGACAUGCUACAGAUGUUAUCAGUGCUACAAUCUGCAUAAUACGUUUCUGGGCAAUUCCUGACCACAGCCCUGCGUCUAUGUUAACCAAACUUAUGAUUAUGAUUCAAAGCAAACCAACUUUUAUCUCUAGAAACCUUUUAUGCAUCCAUGAUGACAUAGCAGCUUCAAAUGGUGCAUUUCAUUAACAACUAAUACAUGUAUGUAACUGAAACAUCUGUAAAACCACUGCUUAGAUACCUCAGUAACCUUUUUAAGAUACUUUGCAAGAAACUGUAUUGGGAGAAAAUAGUCCCUACUCUGCGUUCCCUGAGAACUAUAAGGCUGUCCCGAUUGAUCCAUCCUCAGCCUCAGGCGUCUACAACUUAUACAACAUUUAUUGACACAGGAAGCAAGCAGCAGCAACACGUAUUAAUGUACCAGUGGUGGACAUUUAUCCACAUUUCUGCUGAUGUUAAAAAGUUAUGUAAUAGCCUUCCUGACGCUUCUUCAGACACGUGUUCUGGUGGUUUUAGACUUCCUGUCUGCCUCGUGUUGCACGUCUCCCUGCAACGUCUAAUCAAAAUGUACAAUCAGGCAAGAACAACUUAAUUAUCGUGUGUUAUAUCACCGUGUAUGAAAAACAAACCAAAUGGUCAUAUCUUGAUCUGUUUCUAGCCCAAUUUUAAAUCUUCACUGUUCUUCACUUGCAGUGGAAACACAAACAAAAAGUGUUUUAUUUUUUUAUUAACAUCAUGACAGAUUCUAAGCUCUCAUUUUACUGCACUUUUAUUGUACACUUUUACUAUUAUGCUGCUGUGUUUAUUGUAUUGUUGUUACUCUGGCACAACAAUUUCCUUCGGGAUAAAUACAAUCUUAUGUUAAGCUCAACUGAGCAGAUCCUUCCUCUAAUGAAGAUUGUUGAAGAAGUUAAAACCUACAGCAACAGCUCAUUAAAAGUGUAGAGAUGUUUUAAUUAACCAUCCAGUUAUAACCCUCGAUGCAUGUUGACCUGCGAGUAUCCAAAUCCCUUCUCUCUGGGUCAUUGUGUGUCAGCUUCUUGUUGAGCAACAGAAAAUCUCAUAUUUUCUCGGCAUAAAGUCCCGAGAACGAUCACAGAACGACCUCCACCUCAAAACUCAUUGCAAGUCCGCCCAGCUGAGGAGAGCGUCAGCAAAAAUGUAAAAUCGGCCUGUUUAAAAUUCCACCCGGUGUGUCUCAGCGUAUAAAAGAUGGCCGCAACACAGGGGGGGGUCAGAGGUCAGAUUUCCUCCGAGACGACACAGCUCCAGAGGUCUGAAGGAAUCCCACCACACGAUGUAUGUAAAGCAGAACACGACCUUCUGUGAUAUUCCUCCUGCUCUGGAAGCUAGAAGAUAAGAUGUGUGCCUCUGGGAGAGUUAGAAAUAUAGGUGAAACAUCCCCUGAUACCGAAUCACAUGCAUGUUACAUGAUUAAUGUUCAUAUAUCUCCUUCAGCCUGUGAUUGUGCGUUCAUCCGGCAGCUUUACCUCUGCUGUACAGUAUAUCACGAACAUAAGUUAGAGCUGUCCCAUCAUUUUCAGGUGUGUUAUGGUGCAUUAUUUGUAUUCUAAUCAUCACAUUCUCCUCCUCUUGUUGUUCUUCUUUUUCUUGAUGCAGUGGUUUGUGUGUUGCCAAUAUUUUUCUGCUGCUGCAGGCUGUGCUCUCGGUUAUUUUCUGAUCAACAAACACUCCUUUGUCUUCAGCCAGAACCCCCUGGAAGGAAACCAACAGAUGUAUUAUACAGGACAUUAUAGAAAAUAAGCCGUUAUAUAGGCUACCGUGAAUCAUCUGGGGCUCACAGGGAGAGGACUGGAGAAUAAGUAACACUAUGAAGAAGAGUGGGCAGCAAAAUAUAGUUUUAAUGAGCAUUUACACAUUAUUUCAUUAUUUGUUUUAACUCUAAACCAAUAGUUGGACAUAUCGUAUUUGCUGUCUUGCAAGGAGUUAGAUGAUAUGUGUGAUGACUGAUCUCAUAUCUUACAGUGAAUUUGAAGCUACAGCCAGAAGCCGGUUAGCUUAUCCUAGCACAACAAUUGGAAACCAGUGUAAACAUCAAACUUGGCUCCGUCCAAAGUUAACUAAAUCCUCUUAAAAGCUUACAAAUUAACAUGUUCUAUCUCAUUUGUUUAUGCAUGUGAAAAACAACAAUUUGUGUUUUUUUACACUUGGUUUUGUGCCGAGUGUUCGCGGCUCAGAGCUGUUGAAGCUGAGAUUCUAAGAAAGUCUACCCUCUGUCGCACUGGUUCUGAUCCUUUGGGAUUUUUAAUGAACUAAAACAGCGAUAACUUUGUGAACCAAGUUGUUGUUUUAGUCAUUGAAAUUGUUAACAAAUUCGAAUUGGAUUUUGAAUGGGUUUAUUUCCUGAUUAAAAUAGAAGCCUAAAGUUCAGGUUUUACUGUGGAUCUUGUACAGAAAGAUAUUUCAAUAUUAACCUAAUUAGUGAACCUUAUUUGGCCAGUCUAACCGUUUCCAUUCUUUGUGCUAAGCUAACCAGCUAGCUGUGUUUUCAUAACCUUUCAUCUAUCCUCACAUUGCUCAUCUAACGCUCGCUAAACUCAUCAAUUUCCCAAAAUGUUGAACUAUUUCUUAUUUUUCCCCUGAAUUAUUUUCAUCUCUGGUUCUGGCUCUUUUUAUUUUUUUCACUCACAGAUCUUGAACUGAUCACUUCAAGCUUUCGUGUUCUGAGCAGUGACGUUUGUUGGUUUCAUCUCUCCUUUCAAACCUGAAGCAGAUUCUUCUCUUUGUGCUCGCAGUAUGCAAAUAGGAAGGAAAAUAAAACCCAUUGCUCCUCAGCCUCACCGAGAACUGAAACAGUUGAAUGAGCACCAUUUAAUAAUGCUAAGUUAAAAAACCAAUUGAAGGUUGCGUCCCUUAAAACAAGCAGCGUUUGCUUUAAAUAAACAAACCCUGAUUAAAACGUCUCGUCUGGAGCUACCACCGCGUUUAAAAUGCUCUCAUUAUCUUCGGCUCUUUUUUCCGGUCUGCUAAUAAUUAUGUUUUGGAGUUCAGAUUUGAAAGAUUGUCUCACGUCUACGUAAAAAAAAAAUGGUAGCAUUUCCUCCUGACUGUUGUACUUGUUGCCAUUUCUCUCAAGUGCUUUAAAGUUUGUUUCAAUGUUCUCCUUCCCUGUGUCUUGCAUUUAUUUUGUGCGUUGUGAAGCACUUUCCUUUUCUCCAUUUUCAGGUCAAGUGUCCUUGUGAAAUGUGUAACUUGAGUGAGUGUUGAGUUACAAUGAAUGUAAUAUAACACCGAGAGGUUGUUAUAAAGAAAGAUGUUUUUGCUAACAGUUAACACUCCUUUUUAUCGGUUGAAAAAAUGCUGCAUGGAGAGUUGCAGGUUAUUUAAAUGUACAUGUUGUUAAAAAACACGUUGUGAUUAUAUGUAUUUCUGUAUUACUUAUUAGCUGUAAAAAGAUAUAUUGUGAGAGUUCUUAUUUUUACCAACAUGUCCUCUGUGUCUUUUAUUCUCUGUUGGGAUUAAAGGAAACCUAAAAACCUUG